AUGUCGAGAGAGCUGGAGCUAGCGCUUCUUGUAGUCAAUGACGGCACCCUGUCGGUGCUGCGAAUCAUGGAAGACAUGUCUGGACGGGAUUUGCUGAAGGCGAUCCAGGAAGACAUCGACUACAAGGACACUCUAAGACUUUUCGUGGCACAAAAAUCAGACAAGUCAUGGCAAACUUUAACCAUGCGUGAUGCGCAACGAAUGAGAAAGAAGGAGCCUGUGCCGUUUGUGAAGGAACUUCUAGUAGAUGAGAACGAGAUGGACCCACGCUGGCCACUGGUUGAUUAUCACUUCCCAAGCCUCGACGCAAUGCAAGAUAGCGUUCACAUUUUAGUAGCGAAGCCCGGAUACGUCUCCGUUGCUCCUGAGUGGAAGCCUGAGACCAUGUGGGGGUCUUCACUUGAAACUGGUACAUUGCCUUUUGUCGGACGAGGUCGUGCUGCUAAGAAGCUACAGAGUAUUCACUAUUCUAACUUCACCGGGGCUCGCGACAGAUCGGGAAGAACGACGUGGCAAAUUCCACUGGUAGACAACGUGUAUGGAACAGGUAAAACAGAGCUGGGAAGGAAGUAUAUCGACCAAUGCAGGCAAGCCCUGAGUAACGAGAAGCCUCAAGAUCCUGAAAAUCAGCAGGAGCUCACCAGCCGGGAGCCAACGCAGCACCGUCAACCCAGUCAGCAUGAGUUUCUAAAGCAACUGUGUUCGUGUCGAACGGUUCUUGUUCGAGGGACACCGCGGCAGUUUGUAGUGCCACCCGAUUUACUAAAGGCAAAAAUGAAUGAAGCUCUGGCUACGGCAAUUAGUGAACUGCUCCAACCAGGGACGAUGCCUGCUACGAACGCGAGCGAUGCGGCGUAUGAUUUUGCGACGGAGUUGGUGCGUGUGCUGGGGCCUUUGUUUGUUGUGCUGGAUAACGUCGGUGAGGCAUUCGAAGACCCACGUGGAGAUGUGGUAUCACGAGAGCGUUUCAUGGACGCUUGCAAGAAUGUGCUGGUGUCGUGGACGCAGGUCCCUCAGCUGCAUCUUCUGGUGCUCGGUUAUGCAGAUUUUCUCCAUGACGUUGUUCCCGAUGCCAGUUUGAACUCCUACAUGAUCGUGCGAUUGCCGAUGCAGUGGAUGACUGUGAAUGCAAUCAAAGAAAUCUUGUGCAAGACACGAGUUUCAAGUGCCGAUACCCGAACACUCAGUGCUCGCUGGAAAUUAUCGACUGAUGAAGAUUUGGAGGACGCAGCCACGCGCUUGUUUGCAGCCUCAUCAGGUCAUCUUCAAAAGAUUAUCAAAUUUAUCUCGGGCUACCCAACGUUUGCCUCUUUUUGUAAUUUCGUGGAUAGUGGAGGCGACUUCAACACGAAGGCAAUCGACUUUGACCACCUGUACGAGCGUGUGCUCUGGUGGCAAUCGACACUGAAGAAAUGGUUUGGAUGGAGCUCGUCUAAGAAAUCGCGCAUCAAUCUUACUCACUCUGUCACGGACCCCAACGGAGAUCAAGUGUCUGCGAGAACUGUUGUGUUUGAGUGUCAUCUAUUAUGGGAGGGAACAGUAGAGGACGCGCAUAUUAGCGCACACCGUGUGGUUAUGAACAUUGUGGUUGGUGUGCUUCGUCCACUACGCGAAUAUCUCAUAGGACUUGAUACUGUGCGGGUGUUUGUGACUUCUCGUCCGGAAGUGGUCCAGUGGAUGUGUCUUAAGAGAAUGAGCCAGUUAUUUACCAAAGAAACCACCCCAAGACAGGAAUUACCGCAGUUUUUCGGAGAGGCUACGGUUUUUGACGAGUUUGUGGGAGUACAAGUUUCGUCCCAAGUGAAGACGUUGCCUAAUCUCUGGCUGGGCAGCUACUACGUGGACAACUCGAGGCCAUUUUAUAGCGAAUCAUUUCGGCCCAAAGGACUGGCCGGCAUUGGUGCGGCAUUUAGAGUGCAGACUUGA